CGGCAAAAAAAAAGUUUGAAGAAUCAGUUUGCGGGAAAGACGAUCAGACUUGCAAAAAAAACAGUCAAAACUACUAUGGCGAGUUGUAGGAAGAAAUACGCUGAACUUCGCACAAACCGCAAGGAAAAGUUUUCCUCUCCUAAGAAGGAAUUGUCUUCUGAUAACAACAAUGUACCUUCGUCUGACAUCGAUUUGAUGUCAAAAUGUAAUGAACUUGAACAGAAAAACAAGGAUUUGAGGGAGCAAAUCGAGUCCAAGAAAAGAACAAUUCAUAGUGACUUGGCUAAAAUCCAAGAUUCUCAAUUGACCUCAAAGGAAGGGCGUAAAAGACUUGAGAUGGAAACAAGUGCCCUAAAGAGUGAAGUGGCAAAAUUGCGAGUAGAGAAUAUCCAGAAUUAUAAACUUUGUAAUCAAAACAGGAUUAAAGAAGAGAAGUACUAUGACAAUGCUGAGAACGUAAACAAAAUAAAAAAGUUAAGAAGCGCCGCUGAAAAUCUCACAGAGAAAGCAACAAAUUGCAGAAAUGAAAUUAACCAGUUGAUGACUGUGAAGGAAUCGUCACUUUUGAAUUUCAAGGAAAAGAAUCAGUUAAAGGAAGACCUAGAGAGCCAGAUUGCAGAAUUAACAAAGGAACUUCAAGACAAGGAGGUGGCAAUCCCUAACAGUCUCGUAGCUGAGCAGAAAUUCAAGGAGAAGAAAACUGAGGCACAGAGAACAAUGAAAGAGCUUCUAGAAAGAGAGAGCGAAAUGCAACAAAAAAGACGUCUCCUGAAUGCGUCCAGACAUAAGAUCGACAUGGAGUUAAAGAUACUCCCAGUUGAAUGCAAAGACGUCAAGAGAGGAGUUGCUGAGAAAGACAGACAAUUUGCGAUUUGGCGUAUUGAGGCCAAGAUGGAGCUUAACGACAAAGAGAAUGAGCUUGAAGAUCUGAAGAUUCAAAUCCGUGAGCUCAAGGAAACAGAGAUUUCUCAGGUUCUUCCUCUCAAGGAGUCCGAUCGCCCAGCUAAGCGUUUCACUUCCAGACUUCGACGCCAACGAUGAGAUAUUUUAACUCACAUCAUACUGAAAAUUAACUUGCCUGAACCUUCAACAACCAAUUAUUAAUAAAAGUAAAGCCA